CCUCAAGGCUCCCCCCCAUUUCCCAUCUUUCCUUUCGGUCCUUGAGCACGGGGGAACAAGGUCGUGAAAACAAGGUCUUGGUGAGGUUCCGCCAUUUCAUCUGUCCUCGGUCUCUGCGCCUUUCGCAGAGCUUCCGGCAGCGUUAUGUUGGGCCACAGCAUCCGGAGGUUCACAACCUCUGUGGUCCGUAGGAGCCACUAUGAGGAGGGCCCUGGGAAGAAUUUGCCAUUUUCAGUGGAAAACAAGUGGGCGUUACUAGUUAAGAUGUGUUUGUACUUUGGAUCUGCAUUUGCUGCACCCUUCCUUAUAGUAAGACACCAACUGCUUAAAUCAUAAGGAUGUUUCAGUUCGUCCAUUUAACAGAUAUGAAGAGCAUUUUAAGAGAUACAGCCUCUGGAAAUGGAUCAAACUAACUCAUGGCAUACUAGAUAUGUUUGUCAAUAAACUUAUGACAUGAA